UUUUGUUGUUAAAAAACUCAAUAUUUUCGAGGUUAUUAAGAAGUAUUUAAUUAAACAACUACACAUGUGUGUUGUGAAACUUAUAGAUAUGAUAUGCCAGUAAUAUUUUCUUUUGUAUUGGUGCUUUCUUAAAUAUAGAAAUAUAUAUAGAAAUAGGUGCCAAGGUGCGUGCUGCUGCAAAAAAGAGGUAGUUUGUUCAUUGCUGCAUGAUGGAUACAACGUAUAUGUCAAAUUCCCAGGCUCGGCAGCGUGGGCCAUUGCAGGAGCCACAAUUAUUUGAAGAUACCAGUCAACCUAACCCUUAUGAGGUGUCUGGAGGUACAAUGCAACCUGGGGCCUAUAAUUUACAACCAGGAAUGUUUCCUGGUCAGCAAAUACUGAAUGAUCCGAUGGCAAAUAUGGCAAUGCAGUAUGGACAAUCUUUAGCUGGACAUGGAAAAGAAAUGCUGGAAAAAAAUGUGGACAAAUACAUUUCCAUGUCAAAGUUAAAGUACUACUUUGCAGUUGACACAAGCUAUGUUGCGAAGAAACUUGCUUUGCUUUCUUUUCCAUUCACUCACCAGGAUUGGAGUGUGAAAUAUCAUCAAGAUUCACCUGUUGCACCAAGAUUCGACAUCAAUGCACCAGAUUUGUACAUACCAGUGAUGGCGUAUGUCACAUACAUCCUAAUUGCAGGAAUUUCUAUUGGAAUGACUGGCAAAUUUACUCCUGAAGUGUUGGGUAUUCAGGCAAGUAGUGCCCUUGUAUGGUUAGCCAUUGAGGUCGGAAUUGUUCUUCUUAGUCUGUACAUUGUAAAUGCUCGAACCGAUUUAUCAACAUGGGAUGUUAUUGCAUACUCUGGCUAUAAAUAUGUUGGCAUGAUCAUAGUCAUGAUUUUUGGAAUUAUCUUUCACUCAAUGGGUUACUGGUGCGCGCUUGGCUACACAAGCAUUUCAAUAUCAUUUUUUCUUUUGAAGACUUUAAGAUUAAAGAUUCUUCCCCAUUCAUCUUCUGAUGGGUUUGGUGGUGGUGGGACACGUAGGAUGUAUCUUACUUUUAUUAUUGCUCUACUUCAACCAUUAUUUAUGUUUUGGCUUACUCGGCAUUUGGUUGGUCAAUCUACUGUAACAGAAACAACAACAGCAAAUUAAGUGUUUUUUCUCAAUGAAGUUUACCUGUUUUAACUGCUUGCGUAGAUUGCCACCUGGGAUGCAGCCCUAAGCCAUUACUUAAGUAACUUUUGCUGGUGAUUUCAAUUAUAUCAUUAAAGUGUGCUUCUUCAAAAUCACUUGCCACAUCUGCUAUCAAAACUAUGUUUGGGACUGAAGUAAUAUGAUUUGGAAGAUUCGUUAAAUAUAUAUAAUGUAUUGUAAAUAAUAUUUGUGUUAGAAAAUUGUUGAUGUGAAUCUGUAAAGAAAUAUAAGAGAACAGCAAUA